CGCGCGGAAGUCGUCGUCGUCGUCGUCGUCGUGGUUAUUAUCGUUCUGGAUUACUGUGGAUAUCAAAUUCGGCCCUGCAAUUGCUUUUUGUGGAUUUUUGUUUGAGUGAAUCGCUGUAACCCGAGGCUCCUUGUUGGCCAGCCAAUUUAACAAAGUGCUAAACAUAUAAAUAAAACGACAAGAAAGUAAAAAAAUAUUCUUCAGCGCUUUUGGAUGUGAUAGAUCGUUUUUAACAAUGUUCAGCGCCUAAAUAAUAUUUCCGAAAGAAGUAUAACAUUGUGAAAAAUGAAUUACAACAUGGAUGAGCUGGAGGCCACCAGGUUGCUGCGACAUCCUCGACGUUGGUGGAGCAUUGGUUUCAGCAAACGCAUCCUGGCCAUCUCGGUUCUGGUUAUUAUCGUACUGCUUUUUUCCCUGAUCUACCAUGGACUUGUGGUGGAGAGAAUUGAUCGAGUCCAGCAGAUUGCCGCAUUGAAUGCCAGGCACCAAGUACUUCUCAACCAGCCUUUCGAAGAGGAUCAGUCUGCUCUGAUCGUGAGUCCUCAAACCUUGCACUUCAAAUUGCUCGACGAGAAUUUGAAUAACCAAUUGGUUGGUGAAGAUAGCAAAAAUAAAAGAAAAAAGCACUUGAAGCGCAUGCUGGUAAAGUUCCGAUUGAACAAGAAACACCGUUCGCGUCGUGGGCUGCCUAGCUUGGAUUUGUUAGAUCCUGUCCGAAUGGAGGCCAACCUGUAUCAUCUGUACUCCAAGCUGAGGAGCAAAAGGGCUCGAGAAGCUCUUAGCCAACUGGAGCACGAGUUUGUGCGAUGCAAGAAGCAGACUCCGGAGGACUGCAUGUCCGCCUUUCUGCGCAUGUACAAAAUGGCCAAGGAGGUGACCGAGAAAAUGGAGAAGAUGAAGGCCAUCAUGCGGGAGCAGCAGCCGAAAUUGGAGUCAAGAAGCCUGGAGUCCUACGAACGGAGUGGUACCUUUCCUCCCGGAGCACUAAUAAAGGAGACAACUGCAGCCACAACCACGGCAGUGGGAAAUGCCACUGAAAAGCCCCCAAGGACCAAGAUUAAACCUUCCAGGAUCAGCUGGAUAAUCGAUGGACAUGAUCAUUAUGAGAACCCAGUUUACACACAUGAUGCCCCCAAAAAAGAUACAACCAAGGAGCCAGGAAACACCACUCAAUUGGUUGAGGAGACAAGGACACAAGUAGUAGUGGAGACCACCACCGAUAGGUUAAGCGGGGAGAGCACAACGGAGACGAUCAGCUGGAUUCUGGAUCACUUCGAAAAGCCCCAGGAGAUUGUGCGCACAACUGAGGGACCAGGUCAGCGAACCAUUAGAAAUGUAUCCACCACAUCAGCAACAUCCAUAAAAUCAGAUCCUAAAUCGGAAACGGAAACGACCAUUAGUGGAUUCUUCGCCACCACAGAAGGUUUGUUGUUGGAUAUAACAACUGAGGCACCAAUGCAAACCAGCAACUCCACCGUCCAGCGAAAACUGGCAUUCGAUUGGAUUAUCGAUGGAGAAGAUGAUGGAGAGCCGGAAGUCAAGUCCACCAACACAACGACAACCACUGCGAGGGUGGGCACCAGUACCACAGAAGCCACAAUUGCCACCACAGAGCAACCGAAACUUGAGUUCGAUUGGAUCAUUGACGGUAGGGAAGAUGAUGAGCCCCAGGAAAAUACGAAUAACACCUUGCCAGACACCACCACUGAAGCCACCGGAACCACUGCAGGACAGCGAAAGAUGCAGUUCGAUUGGAUUAUUGAUGGGGAGGAAGUUGUGGAAACGAAGGACAACUCCACCAUCACCUCAACCACCUCCUCCGCAACAACACUACCAAUAAGCACAACAGAAGCGAACGAGAGGCUUCACAACUUCACUGCCUAUCCCACCAAGCCAAAGCCGGUAAAGUUUGACUGGAUCAUCGAUGGCGGAGAACCCAGCAGUGAGGUGAGCAGUAGCUCCACAAGCCAACCCAAGUUGACCACCAGGGAGGCUAUAAGCGACACGGAAUCCCCACGAUCCUGGCAUCCGCUGGACAAUCCCAGCAGUAUCGAAAACAUGUUGGAAAGCUUUGAGCGGCACGAAGAGGAAAAGCCCAUAUUACGAGUUCUGAAUGACAAUGAAUCCUCAGCGGAAAACUCUACAGAUCUAUACGGACGCCAGCUCUGGCUAAAGAAGUUUGAGGAUCAGGCUAAGGCAAAUCAAAACGAGCUGAUAGAUACCUUUGGAACGGGCUUGGAUGCUAAGGUCCUGGGCAAAAUGGGACCAAAGGUCAAUCCGUUCAAUGGACACAACUGGAAUGCUGCCGAUGCCCAGAUCCUCAGCCUGUGCGAGCAAGUGGCCCUGAAGAUGCGCAACAAGGUGGUCCCCAUGGUAGAGCCUGAGAACAAGGAGAAGGGAGAAACUUUCACGGCUUCACCCAGUGUUCAGUUCACAAGUCGAGCUCCUGGCGGAUUCCCCGUUUCCGGAGAAACUAUGAAGGCCUCUGCCCAGUUUAUGUUUAAUCCGAAUUUCGGGAUGCCCAGCAUACCCGUCUGCUUCUACAUGACGCCCGCCAACUUCCGCAUGCCCAUGUGGUCCAACACGCCCACAUUUAUGGGCAUGCAGGGUGGUCACUUUGGAGGCUCCUCUAAUCCAGGCGGUGGCAUAUUCUUUGUGCCGCAGCAGUUCGGACCGAGUGGUAACUUUUUCGGAGGAAGCGGCGGAUCCGGAGCCGGUGGCCAGGGUGCCAAUAUCUUCUCGAAGAAUGCCUCGCCACAGAAAACAUCCAAUGGGCAGCAGCAGCCGGUCUACUGCAGCUACAUGAAGAAUCAAGCGGGUCCGGGUGCGGGACAAUCGCAGACUUCCGUUCAGCAGCAGCAGGGUGGACAGACGACCUUCUCCAAUGCCAAUUUUAAGAUGCGGCACGCCAAUCAGUCAAGCUCCGGCCAACAGCCGGGGCAAAUCAUCUACGCCAGCUACGCGGGAUUGCCUCUGCAAACGGUCCAGCAGCGAUCAAAGUGUCCGGAACCGAAUCAGGUGGCCUGCUUUGGUCAAAAAGAGUGCAUCGCCGACUCGAGAUGGUGCGACAAUGUGGUGGACUGUUCCGAUGGCAGUGAUGAGUCCGCCUGCACGUGUGCUGAUCGCGUGGAUGAAGAACGUCUGUGCGAUGGCUAUGCGGAUUGCCCCAUGGGAGAGGACGAGAUGGGCUGCUUUGGCUGUGAACCGCUGUCGUACUCCUGCUACGAGUAUCCUGAGGAGUUCGCCAGACACAAUCACUCUACGAUUUCCACGUGCUACAAUCGGCUGGAGCGCUGUGAUGGAUUCAUGAACUGCCUGAAUGGGCGCGAUGAAGAGCAGUGCAGCAUGCUGGUCACCGAUGUGUCGGAUCAUAUGUCCCAUGCUGCCUCAGCAUCUGAGGGUUAUCUAUACCACAACUAUCGCGGAGAUUGGCAUCCUGUGUGCAACAAUGGCGGAAAGUGGGCGGCUUCAGCCUGCGAGCUGAACGUCAAGGAUCGGGUGGACCUGCCGGCUUCCUUAAAUGUCACCUUUCAGGUCCUCACUCUUCCGGGUCCCUUCAUUGAGCCCUCUCUGCACGCCGGAGUCCAUUUUGCUCAGGCUUGUCAUGGACGCAAUGGUCAUGAUUCCCUGGUGGAUCACGUUGCCUAUGUCAAGUGCCCACCGAUGCAGUGCGGUGUGCCCACCAAUAACUCGAAAACGGAGCACUCGAAGAAAGCGAAGAGAGCUGUGGCAAAGUUAAAGGAAAUCGUUGGCGAUGGACGAAUUGUGGGUGGAAGUUACACGAGUGCAUUGCGCUGGCCAUUUGUGGUGGCUAUCUAUCGAGAUGGCAAAUUUCAUUGUGGAGGAACAAUCUAUUCUGAACGUUGGAUCAUCAGCGCUGCCCACUGCGUCAUAAACUUUGGAAAAUACUACUACGAGGUGCGAGCUGGUCUCCUGCGGCGUACAAGUUACUCACCCGCCACCCAGAUCCAGCCCGUGUCCCAUGUGGUGGUCCAUCAGGCGUACGAAAGAAGGAGCAUGCGGAACGAUCUUUCCAUGCUCCGCCUGGCAAACCCGCUGCAAUUCAAUCGUUGGGUGAAGCCCAUCUGCUUGCCCGACCAGGGAAGAACUACGUUAGGGGAGGAUUGGAUCUGGGGACCUGAGGAAAACACUUUGUGCACUGUGGUUGGAUGGGGAGCCAUUCGAGAGAAGGGUCCGAGCAGUGAUCCUAUGCGAGAGGUUAUAGUUCCCAUACGGAAACGAUGCACUGAUCCAGAGGAUCAGGCUUCGGAGGACAUUUGCGCCGGCGAUCCAAACGGAGGUCGCGAUGCCUGCCAAGGGGAUUCGGGUGGACCGCUCUUCUGUCGCAGCGUCUCUCAACCGGAGGAAUUCUACCUGGCCGGGGUGGUGAGUCACGGCAACGGCUGUGCUCGUCCUAAGGAAUUUGGUGUCUACACGCGGGUGACUCUUUACCUGGACUGGCUGGAAAUGGCUGUCACCCCGGGCCUGUUGCCCAGUCGUCAGCCGCUCCAACUCUGUCCCGGAUUCAUUUGCGUCUGGGGUGGUAAAAGGUGUAUAGCGAAGCGUCAGCGUUGCGAUCGUAAUGUUGAUUGCCUGGGUGGUGAAGAUGAGGUCGGAUGUGCCUACAACUUCAUACCAGAUAUGGUGGGUGGCGUACGACAGAAUGUAAGCAGCACAACAGAGAGUGACUAUCAUCCUGAGGAGAGUAAAAUGCGGGAGGUGAUUCCUAUUGAAGAUUAUGAUUUAAAGGCGGAACAAGAUAAAGAGGACGAUUUGUGGGAGAGCACAACUUCCUCAGAGGGAUCUGAAACCACACAAGGGCAAAUGGAUGAAUCUUUUACUGAAGAGAUUACCUCAACUACUUCAGGUGGACUAUUUACAAUAGAGGAGAGCACUGUUCAAAGUUCAACAAUCAUUGAUUCAACCACCAAUCCUUCGACUACAAUAAUCUCCACAAAGACACAAACAAAUCUUCCAUCUACAACAAUGGAAACAACAUCGUCAACAAUUGAAUCUGAAAUGCAAUCAACAUUACAAACUACUGACGCUCCAAUGACAACUAUACCCACAUCAACUGAGGAUUUCAAAAAGUUCACCGAUUUGGUUACUCAGUUUGUAGAGAGUACUACUAUUGGGACCACCAUGGAGAUAGUGAAAACUACUUCAUCUCUGACCACAACGGUAGCUCCCAGCACAGUAACUACAGAGGGAAUAAAGGACACUACGACCACAACGGAACCUACAACCACAAAGGACACCACAACCGCAUGGGACAAUACAUCCACAAAGGACAUUACAACCACAAAAGACACUACAACCACAAAGGACACUACAACGACUGAGCUCACCACAGUUAGUGUCAGCAUCACCACACCUCUACCCACAAUCCCAACUACCAUUUCAACUACUAAAAAGCCCGUAGAAACCACCACCACCACAUUAGCACCAACCAACACUACAAAAUCCGCUAAGACAACCACAACGAAGAGUAGCAGCGCUCAUUCUCAUAAAGAUGACAUAAAAAUUCCCAAUAAGUUCGUGUGCAAAAAGAUGUCUCAAAUUGUGGAUAUUAUGAUGCGUUGUGAUCGCAAAGUGGACUGUGAAGAUGGAACUGAUGAACUGGACUGCACAUGCAGGGACUAUUUGAAGGGAUCUCUGAAGGGUCUCAUUUGUGAUGGCAAGGCCGAUUGCGAGGACCUCACGGAUGAACAAAACUGCCUGGACUGUCAAGCUCAUGAGUUCCGUUGCCCCUUGUCCAAAACUUGUCUGCCUUUAAGCAAGCGCUGCGAUAAUGCAGUUGAUUGUAAGUUCAAGGAAGAUGAAAAGGAUUGCUUUGCCCUGACCAAUGGCCACGAUGUGCACUUCGACGUUCAUCAGCAGCCCAAAUUCAGCAGCGCCGGAAUCUUUUCCAGAAACGCCCAUGGCGUGUGGCGGGUUGUCUGUGCCCAUGAGACGGGCUACCAUGAGCACCAGGCCAACACGGCAAAUGCAGUAUGUGCCCUGGUUGGCUUCAAAGGAGCCCACUACUUCAAUAGUUCGGAAUUCGUGAGCCAGCAGGAAAUGCAUUCUAUAACGCCAGAAUUAAAGGCAGGCAGCCACCGCAUGGUGGCUCAACUUCGUUCCAUGGUCGGCGACAAUAUCCAGUUGACAGAGAACGAGGUGGUAAUCCCCGAGCUGGGUAUACCAUCCGCCUCGAGACCAGAGAAGGAUCGUCUGCUACCCCGCAAAUGUGUGGGCAUCUACGUGGAGUGCAAUCUCCUUUCCAAUAAAACCACACCUCUGAAAACCUUUAGUGCUGGACAAGCUGUCAAGGAAAAGCCAAUGGAGCAGCUUCCCCUACUGCAGCCCACCAUAGAGACUCACAACACACCUAAUGUGCACUUUAAACCGCAAAUUCCUGCGGUUGUUGUAAAUAAGAAGGAUGAGAUCCUAGACCGCUUGGAUAAUCUCAUCAAGAGUAAGAAGAAUAAAACCAUACUGGUGAAUGAGCAGCUCCAUGAAGCCAUCGAGGAGCUGCACUGGCCCUGGCUGGCGGAUGUCUAUUCGAAUGGUGAUCUCUGGUGCAUCGGAGUGCUGAUUGACAAACAUUGGGUGCUGGUCCACGAGAGCUGUCUAUUUGGCAUUCACUUGGAGACGCACUACGUCAGCGUUUUACUGGGCGGUGGCAAAACGAAACGAUCUGCCCAUAAGAGCAAUCACGAACAGAUCCGCCGGGUGAACUGUUUUGAGGCGGUACCAAAGUCCAAUGUAUUGCUGUUGCAUGUGGAGCAACCAGUGCGAUUCACCCACCAUGUGCUGCCCACAUUCCUGCCAGACAAUUCUCAUCAAAACCAGGGUGCUGCGAGGGACUGCAUCAGUGUGCUUCAUGAUGAUGCCACAGGUCGCAUCAAAACGGUGGCCAUCACCCGGAUAGACAAUGUUACUAACUGCGAUUCCUGCUACAAGCUUCAGGAAAAACAGCCACCCCAGAAGCUGAUGCGCCUGCUGAAUGUGAGCGCCGAGGAUAUGGCAUCCAUUUCGGAGGAGGUGGAACUCAUUAAUGGCGUGGCCCCCACUGAGCUUCCGGCAAUUACCAAAUUCACCAGCUGCCAUCAGUUUGGGCUAAAGAAUGUCAGCGAUUCGCAUCACAACCCCAGCGAUCAGGGGGUGCUGGUCUGUCGCGACUCGCACACAGGCUGGUUCCCCACGGCCAUGUUUAGCUACAACAAUUCCGAUUGCCAAAGUUUUAAACAGCCGUUUGGCAUUAAAACGUUGGAGCUGGCAUAUAAAUCGCUGCAGGAUAUUAUAGACAAGCCCAGCUGCAAAAUGCUCCAGCCACCCCCGGAAUGCAACACCCAUCGCUGCCCGCUGGGCACUUGUUUGCCACAGACUGCGAUUUGCAACGACCGAUUCGAUUGUCAUGAUGGCAGCGAUGAAGAUGAGACCAAAUGCCGACAGCUGAAGCAGCGGUGUGCCCCCGGCGAGAUGAAGUGUCGGACCAGCUUUAAAUGUGUGCCGAAGAGCAAGUUCUGUGACCACGUACCUGACUGCGAGGACAUGACGGAUGAGCCUACUAUCUGCAGUUGCUUUACUUAUCUGCAAGCCACUGAUCCCUCUAAGAUAUGCGAUGGCAAGCGAAACUGUUGGGACAAAAGUGAUGAGAGCUCUGUCCUGUGCAAUUGCACUGCCGAUCAUUUCCAAUGCAGUUCUUCGCCUGACGAGUGCAUUCCUCGGGAUUUUGUGUGCGACAAAGAAAAGGAUUGUCCCAAUGGCGAAGAUGAGCGAUAUUGCUUUGGCAUAGAACAUCCUCUACAUCAGCAAAAGAAGGAUUUCUGGGCCAGCAAUCAGCACACGCAUCCCGAGACAGCUCCUCAGUAUGGUCAGGUUAUAGAACAAACCUAUGGCAUCUGGCAUACGAAAUGCUUCCCCAAAAGCAAACCCCUGCAGGUCGAUGAAGUGCGCGAGAUAUGCAAAAAGUUGGGCUACAAUCCGUAUAGGCAGCCCAGCUAUCGGUUAAUUGAUGAUGAGGAAAACAAACCUGUACAUACCUUUGAGUUGGCAGAUCGGCAGGGACGCAGUUUUAGUAAUGAGUCGCUGAUGGGAAAAUACCGGGACUCAACAAAGGCGUUAAUAAUCAGCAAAUUCUCCCCUCUUCAACUGAACGAGCGCCUCACGCUCUUCCUCAAGUCCAGCAGACCGAUUGCCGAGUUGGUCCGGUGGAAUGCCACCGAUUCCAGCUUGUGCUACAGAUUGGAGAUCAGAUGUGCCUAGAAGUCGACGAUAUACUACGUAAGUCGUCUAUCUUUUCGUACUCUCGUAAUUGUCCUUUUGUGCGUUUUAGUAGCAAAUAAAUGCGAGAGCUGUACACAUUUUAUUAA